AUGAAGCAGGCAUGGAUAGAUCCCAGAGACCACCGGAGGGGCAUCCGUGCCACCCUCCUGGGAAGAGCUGAGAGAGCCCCAGAGAGGGUCACCCAGCAGCCACGGAGCAGAAGCAGAGGGGCUGCACUGGCUGCCCGGCUCUGGGAGCAGUGCAGCCAGCUGUGCCAGAGUGAACCGAGCCGCAGGCCCAGAGGCGGAGGCCCAGGGCCCCCCGCACCCCGGAGGAGGCCUGACCAGCAACAGGCGCCAGUGAUAAAUACCUGGCUGCUGCUGGUGAUACAAAUUUGGGAUAGUUGUGAUGCUCAAACAAAUUCAGCUUUUCCUCAUGUUGUUCCAAACACUUCUCAGCACUAUGAAUACAGCACAGUGUCUUUUGACUGUAAGGAGUUUGAUGUGUCUCUUGGAUGGAAACUAAUGAGGAAGGCAACAGAUGUUGAUACAGCGUGUGGGACUAGCUGGGGAGUUUUCAGUGGGUCCAUUUGCAUCUUCAGAAAUGUUUAUAUCGAAGACAGCGGACAGUACUGGUGUGAGAGCGGAGAUGGAAAGAAAAGCAGCCCUGUAAACAUCACCAUUUCACCUGGUCCUGUGAUCCUGGAAAGUCCUUUAAUUCCUGCGGUGGAGGGAAACACUGUGAGUCUGCGCUGUAAAAACAGCACAGAUUUCACCAAAACCUCCACUUCCAUAUCCUUCUAUAAAAAUGGCAUCUUCAUCAAGAGCAUCUCCACCAGCACUUUGAUCAUCCGCAAUAUUAACAAGUCUCAUGAAGGACUCUACAAGUGCAGCAUCUCAGGAGCUGGAGAAUCACCUGAGAGCUGGCUGGCUGUCAGAAGCAGAGACAACACAGUUUCUAAGCGAGCUGAGAAACAUGAUCUCGCCGGCAAAUUCUGGGUCUGCUUCUGUCUUCAGGACAUGCCUGAAACACUUAAUUUAGGAGGUUCCCAUGAGGUGUCCUUUCAGAUGUCCUGA